AUGCAACAUGAAGCGGGCAAGGGUGACGAGACACGCAAGAAGCGCGACAGCUACGGCGACGACAAUGGCAAUGUGGGCUGUCAAUCCUCUUCUAUUGUUUCUACGGAGAGCCCUUCCGGUGUCCGACUUUCAUAUCGCUUCCGGGCUCUGACCGCUCAGCAUCUGGGCUGCCAAUGGUUGCUUCAGUGGUCUGCCCUUUUAGACCUGGGCGACAUCAGUGAGCGCGAGGCACGGUGGCAAGGUCUAGCCGUCCGUGAACGAGAUGUUGAAGUCUCGUAUUCUUACGAUGCUCCAUUGGGGCCGUUGUACAAGUCCCUCAGUAAAAGGACCUCUGGAUUAGACGCGGAUCUUGGUGGUAUUACACCGCGUGCUUCCGGCGCAUUCGGCCCUUUUGCGCGCGUGUUGAGGACGGGCAUAUGGUCUGCCUCCAUCCUUGAAUCCGCCUCUUUCGCCUCCUGCUGUCUUCAAGCUCAAGACAAAAAGAGUCGCGAAUCUGAGACUUCAUAG